GGAGGGUGGUAUCGGCGCUGCGAUGCCUGAACCGACACAGCUUGCGACGCAGACGGCGGAUGCGACGCACGUCGCUCAGGGCGCGCGGGCGGAUGGGAAGCACGAUGCGACCGAGACGCACGUCGAGGCGGCGAUGUGGGAGACCGCGCGUCCUGCGAUGCGUGCGCUAUCGGACGUCGUGGAUGGUUGGGAACGUUUCGGAAAGCGUCUACUUUCACCGUCGGGUUUGGCAUAUUCGGGCAGCUGGUCAUCACGCGGUCGGUGCACUGGAUAGCAACGCGUUACCCCAACUGGAGAGAGCCCUUGGAGCUCAGGAGGUACGUGUGCGAA